AUGGCCACCAAUCAGGGAGAUAUGUACCGCCUGAACAGUAUUGCGCAUGUUGCCGGAUUUAUCGAUGAAGAGCCAACUCGAUGCAUUAGGAGCGUUCAUAGGCAACAAAAGAUGGUAAUGCAUGAUCGUAUACUGCCCUACAUAGAUCGUGCAAAUUUAUUGCAUGUUACAAGGUUGAAUGAUUAUUGGUUCAAGCUUGACGAGCCGUUGAUUAGUACAUUCGUGGAGCGAUGGCAUCCUGAGAGCUAUACGUUCCAUAUGCCGUUUGGGGAGUACACGAUAACACUACAGAAUGUGGCAUACCAGUUUGGCCUCCCUAUUGACGAUCAUGUAGUGAGCGGGUGUCUGAGUGAUUUCGAGCAGUUGAUGGAGGGGGAAGCCUGGCUGGGUGUGAACAAGUUCAGAGCGUUGCCCCCUAAUGCAUCAGAGGCAACGGUACAGAUCUAUGCACGGGGUUACAUUAUGAUGUUGUUGUCAAUGGCACUUUUCGCGGACAAGUUUGGUGUUAGGGUUCAUUUGCGGUGGCUUCUGUAUGUUGCGGAUCUUGACGGGCUCGGCAAGUACAACUGGAGUUCAACCACUUUGUCCUGGUUGUACAGGUGGGGGAGGUUCCUGCCAAUGUCGGAUGAGAAGGGUCCUCGGGUCAUCGCAACCCGACAUAGAUUAGACAUGCUUAGUGAAAAUGAUUUCAUUUGGAUGCUGUACAACGAUCUUGAGGUUAUUCAAGUAGUGCAUCCUGAUAUUCUAAGGCCUGAGCACACGCUGUUGUGGAAGUCGACCAUUGCAUUGAUCUACUUUGCCGUAAUUGAGUGGCAUCAGGUUGAUAGGAUUUUAUUCUAG